AAAAAGGAAAUAAAAAAAAAGAGAGGAAAAACUAUUUCAGUUCAGCCGCAGUCCUGCACGGCACACAACCACCACCGCCACCUUCCCCAAGCUUCUUCUGCAUCUCCGUCCCCCACUCUCUCUCCUUCGAUGGAAGCCGACGAGUGCAGCGGCCGUCUCGCGGCGCGUUAGAUAGACAGCGGAGAAGAGAAGCGAUCGCGGAGAGGCGAAAAAAGUCAAGCGGAGCUCGCGUCGCUUUGGGGGUUCGGUCGCCGGCAAUGGAGAACGCCGACGUCGUCCUGGGGCUGCACGAUUUCCUGGAGCGCAUGCGCCAGCCCUCCGCUUCCGACAUCGUCAAGUCCAUCAAGAGUUUCAUUGUCUCGUUUAUAAACAAUGCUCCGGAUCCGGAAAGGGAUAGUGCCAUUGUACAAGAAUUUCUCAAGAAUAUGGAAGGAGUCUUCAGGAAUCAUCCAUUGUGGGCGGGUUGCUCAGAGGAGGAACUGGAGAGUGCUGGUGAAGGAUUGGAGAAGUAUGUAAUGACAAAAUUGUAUUCCCGUGUGUUUGCGUCACAUCCAGAUGAUGUUAAACUUGAUGAUGACCUUUCUGAGAAGAUGGCCCUGGUGCAACAGUUCAUUCGGCCAGAAAAUCUGGACAUCACGCCGACCUUUCAGAAUGAAACGUCAUGGCUGCUUGCUCAGAAAGAACUACAAAAGAUCAACAUGUGCAAGGCACCAAGAGACAAGCUAGUGUGCAUCCUCAAUUGUUGCAAAGUUAUUAAUAACUUGUUGAUUAAUGCUUCCAUUGCUUCCAAUGAGAAUCCACCAGGGGCUGAUGAGUUUCUCCCUGUUCUAAUUUUUGUUACCAUUAAGGCAAGCCCCCCGCAACUGCACUCAAAUUUGUUGUAUAUACAAAGAUACAGACGACAAUCUCGAUUAGUUGCUGAAGCAGCUUAUUUUUUUACAAACAUGCUCUCCGCAGAGUCCUUCAUCUCAAACAUUGAUGCAAAAGCACUUUCAAUGGACGAAACUGAGUUCUUGAGCAACAUGGAAUCUGCUCGAGCUCUUUUAUCUGGGCUUUCUAUUGAUGCCGAUGGUCUCUCUAAUAGAACUGAUAGCGCUGGUGAUUAUGCGCCAAGAGCAGAACAGAUGGCAACGAGAAAUCAAGGUUCUUACAGAAUUCCUGCAACACCACCCAAAACAUCUGAAACGAAACUGAAGACAAAGUCAGUACCAUAUACAAGUAAUCAGGCAUCGAUGGAAAAAAUUCCAUCCCUCUCGGAUUUGGAGAAUAAGGGGGCAGCUAUACUGUUGAAGGAGGAUCAGGUGAGUAAAACCUUUCAGGAGUUCCCAUACUUAUUUGCCCAGGCUGGUGAUUUGACAGUAAAUGAUGUUGAAGACCUGCUAAGUAAUUACAAGAGGAUAGUUUUCAAGUACAUUUGCCUUUCCAAAGGGAUGAGUGUUUCCAACCCACAAAUUCCUUUCAAAUUACAAACCGGAGGCCCAAACCAAACGGAAACAGCGAAGAAAUCUCAUGAUAUACACUCUGAGCCACAAGAAGAUACAGAUAGGACAGAUGAUAGAGUUUCCUUCCUCGAAGAGGAGAGUCUUGUUUCAAAGUCGCCGCCAAAUGAGCCAUUGGAGCCACAAGGCAACCCUGUUAGCGAGACAUCCCAAUGAUAGGUCAAGUCUUCUUUUUUUUUUUUGGUCCAUUUCAUAUGUUUCUUAGGUAGAGAACACUGCCCUACGGAGGUCAUAUAUUUGGGACAAUGGACAAGAUGUUAGGUUAAUUCCUGUCCUCUGGUAGAAUUUAGCAGUCGAUCAGUCCUGUUUAAGGGAAUGAGGAAUGAUCUAAAGAGCAUCUACAUCACUCCCUCGUCGUCAAAUUUAGCUCACGUCUUCCUUUACCACUUGCAAAAAAAUUUUCAGCAGGUUACAGUGAUGGAUAGGUGAUAGUUCAAUGUGCAUUUUGAUUCGUGUGAUAGAUGUGGAUAUUCCGCUCUUGAUCAGAGUUUCAAGAUCAAUGUUUGCUUCAA